GGAGCCGAGUCCCCGCCGCGGCGCUGGGUCCCGCAGCCACCACCCUUUCAAUGCCCAGUCUGCUCUGGGACUGGGGGCCGUCGCUGGAGAUCAGAGCCUUGCUGUUGGCCAUGGGCUGUAUCCAGAGCAUCGGGGACAAGGCCAGGGUCUUCCGGGAAGGCAUCACCGUGACGGAUGUGAAGGCGUCCAUCGACCCCGUCCCCACCAGCAUCGACGAAUCCUCCAGCGUGGUGCUCCGCUACCGGACUCCCCACUUCCGGGCCUCGGCCCAGGUCAUCAUGCCGCCUAUCCCCAGGAAGGAGACGUGGGUCGUGGGCUGGAUCCAGGCCUGCAGCCACAUGGAAUUCUACAACCACUAUGGGGACCAGGGCAUGUCCAGCUGGGAGCUCCCGGACCUGCAGGAGGGCAGGAUCGAGGCCAUCAGUGACUCGGACGGCGUGAACUACCCCUGGUACGGCAACACCACGGAGACGUGCACCAUCGUGGGCCCCACCCGGAGGGACUCCAAGUUCAUCAUCAGCAUGAACGACAACUUCUACCCCAGCGUCACGUGGGCCGUGCCCGUCAGCGAGAGCAACGUGGCCAGGCUGACCAAGAUCUACCGCAACCAGAGCUUCACCACGUGGCUGGUGGCCACCAACACGGCCACCGACGACAUGCUCAUCCUGCAGACGCUGCACUGGCGCAUGAAGCUGAACAUCGAGGUCAACCCCAGCCGGCCCCUGGGGCAGCGCGCCCGCCUGCGGGAGCCCAUCGCGCAGGACCAGCCCAAGAUCCUGAGCAGCAACGAGCCCAUCCCGCCCAGCGCGCUCGUCAAGCCCAACGCCAACGACGCUCAGGUCCUCAUGUGGCGGCCCAAGUAUGGGCAGCCGAUGGUGGUGAUCCCCCCCAAGCACCGGUGACGGCCCUGCCCCGCCCCCGCGGACCCCCGGCC